AUGACUCAAUCACCGACUGACAUAGUGCCUAAUAAAUCUCAAUUCUCUACUGGUCCCACGUGUUCAUCACAUACAUGUGUCACAUUUCACAUAGAUGAGACACAUGAGUCAUCUGUGGAAGCCUAUAGAAAACAGCCAACAAGAAACAAUUCUCCAGAACCCUUUGUUGCUAAUGAAAUACGAUCAUGGUCUUCAUUUACUAAUGGCUCAGUUGUUAAACAAGUUCUUGGCGAGUUCGAUAAAAAAGCAUCGAAUAAACGGCUACAACAAAUGAAUGCUUAUCGAACUUCAAAAGCACAAGAGAAAAGGUCAAAUCGUUCUCGAUCGGCACUGAUUGAUCGAAAGAAAUACUAUUAUCGUCGUCAUAGUAAAUUGACAUGCUAUUCAUUCUGUGGUACUAUGUCUAAUGUUAAUGAAAUCUUUACAUGCAAACAAUUUCUUCGGGGUCAUCCCUGCCUGCAAACGUUAUUUAUUUUUAUUGAUUCAUGCUUCCGCGGCAUGGGACAAGUGAUGUUUGCCAAUAAUCCUCUCUCGGGUUUCGUGAUUACAAUUGGUUUAAUGGUGGGUCAGUGGCAACUGGCCUUGUAUGGUCUAUUUGGAACAAUUGUAUCAACAUUAACAGCCCAUAUUAUAGGACUUGAUUACCGUUCGAUUCGUGCUGGUCUCUAUGGAUAUAAUGGUUGUUUAACAGCCAUGGCUAUCGCUCAUUUCUCAUUUGGGCCUAAUUCUGCGCAAAGUAUUGUACCGAUCGCGUUGAUGAGUGCUUGCUCUUCGAUCUUCCUUGUGGCCAUUGGAAAAAUACUUGUCGACCGAUUGGGUCUCUCACCAUUUACAUUUAGCUCUCAGUUGUGUUCAUUUAUAUGGCUAUUAGGUGCAUUGAAAUCUCGAUACUUUUUUGUGAAUGGAACAUUUUGGGCACCUGAAUCCUUCACGACAUUUGCUGAAAAACUCAAUUUAUCAAAUAUGACAGCUGUACGAUAUUCAUCAAUCGAUAUUGUGAUUGGAUUUCCGACAAGUAUCAGUGAAAUCUAUUUUAUCGAUAGUGCCUGGACCGGUAUCAUUAUACUUGUAGGCAUAUUAAUUUGUUCACCAGUACUAGCAUUCUUUGCUUUAUUCGGUGCAAUAACUGGGCAAUUGUCAGCAGCGUGCUUGUUAGGGCUUCCAACAAAAGCCAUUCAUAUGGGUUUGUGGGGCUAUAAUUCGGCAUUGGUGUGCCAGGCACUAGGAGGUAUGUUUUUCGUUCUAAGUGGCUGUCAUAUAUGGCUUUUUAUACUAUUCGGAUCUGUACUGACUGUUCUCGUUCAAGCUGCCAUUUCUACUUUGUUUUCUCCUAUUGGAAUGCCUGCACUUAUGCUACCGUCUACACUCAUAUGUUGGAUGUUUUGUCUGAUGGCUGGAUCAAGCAAAAACAUGGUAGCUGUCAAAUUGACAGACAUAAGCAUUCCUGAAGAACAUCUACGACGUUUUCGAUUGACAAAUCUAGUUAAAACACAUUUUGAAUUUCUUAAUAAUCUAUCGACAAUAUUGGAAAAAACCGGACACGACGAAGAUAUUUCAGUUGAAGAUCUUGCAAAGAUCGAAGCCGAAUUUGUACCGAUUCUUUUGUGUUCAUAUGCUCAUCAAAAUGAUUUACGAAAUCUGAAGACACUAUUAAAUGAAGGAGCCGACGUUAAUUCUACAGAUUAUGAUUUACGUAGUCCCUUACAUUUAGCAGCUUGUGCUGGGAAUACGGAAGUAUGUCUCAUGCUGAUUAGAAUGUUUCGGGCUAAUGUCAAUAUGAUCGACGAGUUUGGUGGAACACCAUUAUACGAUGCGUUUUGUCAUGGGAAUUUUCACUUGAUUUCAUUUCUUUAUGCAUUGGGCGCAAGAAUGCCGGUCGACAAGGCGAAAGAAUUGACUUUCUAUUUGUGUGUUUUUGCAUUCGAAGGCAAUUUGGAAGCAGUGCAAUAUUUAAUUGCAUGUGGAGUGAAUCCGAACUUGACCGACUAUAAUGGACGAACAGCGUUACAUUUAGCUGUUUGUAGCAAUCAUAUUUCUGUGGUAAAGUAUUUAGUUGAGGAGUGUAAUAGCUCUUUAACAAUUGUAGACGUUUACUUGCAAACUCCAAUUCAAGAAGCUCGAAGUUUACCUGAUACGCACAUUGCUAAUUAUCUUCAGCGGUGGAGGGACAAUUCAUCAAAAAUAACGACAACACAAGAAUUAGAUCGAAUACUGGAAGAUAUGUUAGAUCAAUAUGAUAAUGAUGGCCCAGAAGAAGAAGAAGACGGAAAAGAUGAAUCGUUCAUCAAUCAUUCUUCAGUUAGUAUCGAAGAAAGUUUAUUACCAGCUCUAUUUUGUACUGCUGCAGCCGAAGGAGAUGUACGACAAAUGGCUGACUUUCUCGAACAAUUUCCUGAGUUUUGUGUAAACAGUGUUGACUACGACUUUCGAUCGGCCGCUCACGUCGCUGCUGCCGAAGGUCAACUACGGAGCAUACAAUUUUUAUAUCAAUAUUCAUAUUCAAGAAAACAGGAUUUAAGUUGGAUAUAUCGAGAAGAUCGAUGGGGAUUUACGUCCAUUGAAGAAGCCUUUCGCUACGGACAUUAUGAAGUGGCUAAUUAUCUUAUAGAGUGCGUGAGGAAUGGUGAAAAAGUUAAUACGACCGAUAUUGCCCGACGACGAUCUUCCACGAUAAAGCCUGUGUUGGCAUCAAUGAAUCAAUGGAGAAAAGUCCUUCGUUUUGCUACAUUGGCUUCUGAAAAUGAAGCAGAACUGAUCAAUGGUCUUUUAGCGAGUGGUGUAUUUUCGCCAUUGGAAUUAUAUGCUGAUUAUGAUGGACGAUCACCUAUGCAUUUUGCUGCGGCCAAUGGCAAUUUAGAUGUAAUCAAAGUAUUGCUGCGCUACGGCUAUGAUGGCAAAACACACAAAGAUCGUUGGGGUAAUUGUGCACUAGAUGAAGCAAGACGAAAAAAAUUCGCUGAAAUUGUCGACCUUUUAAACGACGACAUUGUUUAA